AAACUUGAAACUUUCCUCAUCAUGUGUUGCAGUUUGCUAGUAAUUUCAAUUUUAACGUCUCAAUGUUCUUGUGCUUACUGUCUUAGUUUGCUGGUUUCAACUCAAGUAUACUGUGCUUGGUUUUGUGAAAGAUUUAUAGCUUAACCUGAGAUAUUGAAACUGACAGGCAAUAUGGUACAUUCUUUUCGAGCCUGCUUGCUUUUGUUUGCAAUACUAAUACUGGCAUCUAAUCUAUCUUAUACACGAGCUUCUAUGAAAGGUGGUAGUAAGAUCAAAUCUACCACUUUCCUAUCACCAAAAUUUGUGUUGGGACCAGGAUCUGUGGAGAAUAGAUUCUAUCGCAAUGUUGACUUCCCUAAAGGUCAUAUUGGAAUCAAGAGUUUCAAAGCUGAAGUGAUUGAUGAUACUGGGAAUCCUGUUCCUCUUCACGAAACUUAUCUUCACCACUGGCUUGUUUCGAGAUACUAUCAACAGCUAGAUGUGGUUGAGACUAACCAUGAGCAGAAGUUUAAGGAAUCAGAUCGCAUUUCUGCACGUAAUAGUGGAAUAUGCCAGAAAGGUAUUCUUAAUCAGUAUUUUGGCCUGGGAUCUGAAACACGAAAAACAGCUACACACAUUCCUGAUCCCUACGCAAUAGAAAUUGGCAAUCCAGCUGAAAUUCCUGUUGGGUAUGAGGAGAGAUGGUUGCUUAAUGUCCAUGCAAUUGAUACACGGGGUGCUGAAGAUAGGUUGGGAUGCACUGAAUGCAGGUGUGAUCUAUACAACAUCAAAGCUAGUGAAUGGGGACGCCCUUUGAGGCCAGGCUAUAAAGGAGGCUUACUUUGUUGCUAUGAUCAUACACAAUGCAAGGUCAAACAAGGUUUCCAGGGUACCAGGAGGAGUCUUUACCUGCGAUACACUGUGGAAUGGGUUGAAUGGGAUAGUGACAUUAUUCCUGUUAAAAUCUUUAUAUUUGAUGUCACUGAUACUGGGAAAAGGCUAAAUGGUUCAACAGGAUUUGGUCCAGAGAAUGGUUGCCAGGUUGAAUAUGAAAUCAAGUCUUGCAGCUCCACUGAUACUGCUGUUAAUGGGUGUGUUGAUGUCAAAAGGACAAACCUUACCAUGCCAACUACUGGCUAUCUCUUCUAUGGUGUUGCCCACCAGCAUACUGGAGGAAUUGGUUCGACUCUGUAUGGGAAGGUGACUUCCACCCUUAAACUUCAAUUUUGUAGUGAUGUCCUCUCAUCUCAUCUUGAUAUGGCCGGAUCUUCUUCUUUUCACUUGCUUUUGUUAGAAUCCUUUUUAAUUAUUUUUCACUUUACAUAAAUUUUUGAAUAUUUUAGUUGCGUGAAUCAGUCUAGAACCGUUGUGACCCUCUCUUCUCUAACUUCCAGUAGUACAUAAAGUGAGGUCGUUUGAAGACUGACCAGGCCGACCACUUAUAUUGCUGAGUAGACAGUGCAGCAGUGACUCUGAUAUCCUCUGGCUCUGUCUUUCCCAAUUCAUAGGUUGUAGACUUAUUUGAAUGACUGUUGAUCAGUUAUAUGAUGAUCCAUAAAACUCUGAAGGGGUACAGUUACUUGCAUUUCACUUUAUUUGCCGAUUGAGCCUUUUAAAGAGCUUGGAACUUAAUGUCUUUCCCAAGAAGGUUCCUUUAUGCCGCUGUGUACUAGAAAGGAUCACUUCCAAGGUCUGAGAUAAUAACUUGUCAACCCAACAUAUAUCUUGGUCCUGGCCUACCAUCAGCUUCACCUUCCAGUCUCC